UACACGAGAACACAGAGUAGAGCCUGCAUGCAUGGAUCCUAGCGGGCCUGUUACUACAGAUUGGAAAAAGAUCAUCAGCACUGCAGCAUCUGACAAAUGGAUAGAAUUUGGGCGUGCUCUUCUACGCACAUCUACGAGACAGAUCACUGAUAUUACAUCGAGACUGGCAAAUCCUAGUCCUCUAGCUCCAAAGGAUAAACUUGUGAAAAUUUUGGAGAGAUGGUUAAGCAUUGGUGCAGAGCCAGCAGGUGAGACUGAAAGAAGAUCGAGACCUGCUACUAGGACGGAACUCAAAAAAGCGUGUCAAGAAGAGAAAAUACUCGGUGGUGUGAACAGGGUGCUAAAGGAGAAGUACAAGAGAGAUCCUUGUCAUGAAUGGGAAGAGGUCCCAUUACACUACAGUGAUGAUCUACUAAAGGCUGUUGCAGAAAUGGGCAGUGCUAAUUGGCGAAGCUUUGGCCGUUGGUUGUUGAGAUGUACCGCUGUUGAGCUUGACAACGUGUGUGGUGAGGCUGGCAUUACUAACAGCGAUCGUGUUCACUAUAUCAUAGACCACUGGCUACAUGAGCAUGAAGGCGAGGUUACUGUUGAGAAGCUACUAGAAGUAUGCAGGGAACUUGGUAUCAGAGGUAGAGUGGAACUUGAUGUUCAAGAGUAUCAACUACGAAAUCAACUAGGAGACGGUGAUAAUGGUGAUGUAAAUGAUGAUGUGAAUAGAGAUUCUUUACCAGAAGAAUGUGACAUGUACUAGGGUUUUACUUCCUUUUUAUAAUGGCUUGAGAAUUGCAAAUUUUGUUUGCUUUUUUAGUUUGAUAUUUUCUUGUUUGUUUCAGUAUAUCUACAUAGUAUUACCAUCAUGUGAGUCAGCCAGCAACAACUGCAUGACUUGACCCUCAUUG